AUGAGGAGCGACUCCGCUAACUGCAAGGAGGACCUCCUUACUGAGAUCACUUCUGCUGAUUACGAACUGUACUAUGCGGCCUACUACUCUCUCGAAAGAACCAAACUGACCGUCGCGGCAACCCAUGCCGAGGAGCUCAGCAGGUUAAAGAAACUUCGAAGGGACUUGGCGAAGUUGAAUCGGAGACGGGCUAACUUGCUUCAGGCGGCAAACGAUGAGGAAAUGGUAAUUUCCAAGGAGUCCUUGCAUCUGAGUUCUACGAUAUUUGUUUUAUCAUGCCGACAUAACAGAGGCAGGGAACGCCAUGGCUCAAGCUUUAAUUAGACUGUUAUGUAGGAGGCUUGUGCAGUUUCAGCCAUACACGUGCCAUCGAAGCUCGUUGAGUGUGAUUGGGGUUAGUGUGGGUGCGAUGGUCUGCCUAAGUUUCUACUGCCGUUUCAUGCUCAUAACAACCUUGGAUUCUAGCCAAACACCCUGUAUUGCCUUAUGAUUGUAUUGCAGAGACCUACUCUAGAGACCGCUUCUCCGUUUUCAGAACGCUACUGCCUUGAAGGAAGUGGAACGGUCAGCAAAAAAACUGCUUGAAUGCGUCAAAAACUUGCAACAGACGGCGGUAUUCUGUGAAGAUUCUGACUUUGAUAAAUUAAACUUAGCUCCAGAUUUUGCAUCGGUACGUUUAUCAGACCUGAAAAUACUUUUAUCGUGAGUCAAUAUGGUUGGCAUAUUUGUAAUCUUUUGCUUGCACUCCCACUGAUUGCGCAUAAUAUUUCUUGGCAAACACUGAGCAUCUAUGCGUGUUAAUUUUGCAAGAUAACAGUCUUUCAUUCCAUUCGUAAACGUCUCUAACCCCCAACGCUUAUUCCUAACACUAACCCCUAACCCUAACCUUUACUAAGUGCGGCUGCGAAAUAAGAUCCUACCAGUUACGGGAUCUGACUGAUCUGACCCCCAACACUGACCCCUAACAUUAACCCCUAACCUUAACCUCUAACAAGUGCGGGUGCGAAAUAAGAUCUUAACAGUUGGGGGUAAGGAAAGGAGGUUAGGGGUUAGGCUCGGCUUGUCUACUGCAGGUAUGGCUAGAAAUAGGAUCCGAAAAAAGUGACAUCUGUUUGUUAUGUCAUGUUGAGGCUAUAGACGAAUGUAUCCACCAAAGUCAAGUUUGGUCCAAAAGCCUUUGGACUAAUUUUUAAUAUUUAAGAAAACCCAAAAAUCACGAAAACCUAGCAUAAUCAAAUUAUUGUCUUCGCAUACUUUUCCUGACGGAACCUAAAGACAGAAUAACGCAUGCCAGUGGGAAAUCAUUCUAGCAGUAUAAUUUAAUGAGAAAGAGUAAGAGGGACUGGAAUUGUCAUUUCUGACUUUUUAACUGUUGUCAGCUAGCCACACUCAACUUCGGGGUAUGCAACCCUCUAGUCUCGAACUCGAGACCAAUACGUUAGAAGUCCACCGCCCAAACCACUAAGUCACGGGGUCGUUGUCCUGCCGAUUUUUACUCGAUUAUGGUAGAUGGGCGCUCAAGGUUUGUUAUCGGAAGUAGUCAAGCUGGCGUGCGCACAGAAUGGGAUCGUGCAAUAUUCCAACCCCAACUAGUGGGGGUCACACGCCCACUAGACAUCUCUAACUAUUCCAACAGACUGAUUUUAGUCCGAAAUGUACGCAUAAGUAGCAGUUCUGUGUUCGUCUCCAUGAACGGGCUCAUCUACGGGGGGGAGGGGGGAAGUCGUAGGCAUUCGGCAGAUCGUUUAUUACUCCUGAUAAAAUGAAUUGGACACUUAUUGCAAGCAUAGGUGGUAGUCCUCGUGUAAGCAUUUAUGCCACCCAUCCGCGACAGCCGGCGCACAAAGAGCACCAUUCAAUGAACAAAUACUAACCUGCGCUUGAUCGCACACUCUCGAUAAGCCAGCUACAGGUGGUCCUGGAAGUCCAAAAGUUAACCAAAGUGAACCCCGCAGGCUGGUGAAAUUAUACUAGAUGGGCUAACUCAUGAAAUGUCGACCGAAAUUUCGAAAUGCAUUUUCGUUUCGAGAAGACUGCUUACAGUAUGUGAGCUAACUCACGCAAUGUCAACAGAAAUUUCGAAAUGCGUUUUCGUUUCGAAAAGAUUAAUUAAGUACGGUUGUAAAACCAAUCAUCAUGCUGCAUAAUUCUAUAAUAAUUCAGCUACCCCAAAACGCCGGCUUUAGAAUCAAACUUCUUUUUGGCUGCAUCCGAAAAACCAUACUCCGUAAAAAGUGUCUACUUGUGCAGCAUGUAUUUUUUUCAUCGAUUUUCGAUGCCCUUAAGCACUCAAUUAUAUUCCAUGAAAAACAUGCAUAAAAACAUUUAUGCUUUUUGCUCAUUCAGUUGACUAUUAUUUCUUAUUUCAAUUUUAACCUCGAACGUAGGGUAUAAUUCGGUUUUCAAUUUUCUAAUUGUGGGACUUUUAAAUUCCCUGAAACGGCCGUUCAUAAAUCGUCAUGUCUCUGCAUGUACCAAUGUGGCUUUUAAAGUUAACAAGGUGGCUCAAGGCCACCUCUCAAUUUUAUGAACUUUAUAUAGUCCCCCCUUUAUUCCCGUUUUCGGUACGCGGAAAUUAUACGGUUUGUAGUUUGGAAACCCUGAAUGCAAGUAUAACUACAGGCUGGGUUUAAAAUUAUUCGGGAAUUGUAAAAGUCUUAUAAAAACCAAAUUAUACCCUUCUUUUGAGUGUAAAUAUGAAAGAAGACGUAAUUUGCUCCCUAUGAGCAAGCAAAUGAAUAUUUUAUGCAUGUUUUCCAUGAAAUAUAUUUAAGGGCAUCGAAAAUCGAUGAAACAACUCAUACUACAUAAGUGGUCGUCUUUUACAGAGCACGUUUUUUAGAUGCAGCCAAAGAGAAGUUUGUUGAAAAUCCGGAGUCCUGAGAUAACUGCAUUAUUAUAGAAUUAUGAUGCACGAUGAUUGGUUUUGCAACCCUACUGAAUAAUUCUUUCCGAAACGGAAAAGCAUUUCGGAAUUUCUGUUGAGAUUUCAUGAGUAAGCCCAUUUACUGUAAGUAGGGUUAUAAAAUUAGUCACCGUGCAGCAUAAUUUAGUUACCGCAGAAUGCUGGCUUUCGAACGAACCCUUUUUCCAGCUGCAUGCAAAAAUUAUACUCUACAAAAAAUGACAUGCAUUUUUCUCAUUGAUUUUCGAUGUCCUUAAAAGUUCAAUUAUGCUCCGUUUAAACACAUGGAUAAUGGUAUUUAUUUUCUUCCGCUUAUUCGGAAGAGAAGUACGUCUUUUCCCAAUUUUAUAUCCGAAGGUAGGGUAUAGGUCGGAUUUAAAAAGUUUCUAAUUGUGAGAUUUUUAAUGCCGUGAAAUUGCCGUUCAUAAAACUCUAUAUCUCAAUAUGUACCAAUGUGACUUGUAGAGUCAACAAUAUCUACUGCUAACUUUUAUGAAUACCAUAUGGUGUCCUCCUAAUACCAUAGAGAAGUGUAUAGUUUUCCUUACGCGGAAAAUAUGUGGCUUGUAAUUCGGAAACCAUGAAUGCAUCUGUAAAGGCAGGUCGGGGCUUAAAACUAUUUGAGAAUUGGAAAAAUCUUUGAAAACCGAAUUAUGCACUUCCUUCGAGUAUGAAAUUGGUAGAAGACAAGCCUCGCGUGUCCUAGCAGCGUAUCGACAAGGAGUGUGAGGCGGACAAAAAGACAGCGUGACAAAGUCGGAGGGUAAGGAGACGCGAACUGCUGCACGCCCCGAUGCUAGUGGCAAGUCGUCUUGUUGAAACGUCUUAUAUUUGUUUUUCUUUUCUGAUGGAAAAUAGAUUCAGCUGCAUUUCAAGGACUUAUCGCUGGUGACCUCUGACUCGGGGAACGUGCGGAAACAACUGGCACGACUUCCAAUAGAAGCUCAGACUAGUAAACCAAUAAAGCAAGGGUAAGUGUUAAAUCCUCUAAUGACUCAGCCGAAGUCUGUUUCGCUGACCAAGCGGAUCAUGUGUUUAUUUUAUUAGUAGCUGGUAGUAUGUAAUAGCCAACGAAUGUCUAACACAGUGCGUGACCUAUCUCAUGAAAUGUUGGCUGAAAUUUUGAAACGCGUUUUCGAUUAGGAGGAAUUACUUGGUCGCGGUUGUGAUAUUGAAUAUCUUAAGGCAUACUCUUAUAACAUUUUGGACUCGGCAGGAUGUCGGCUUUUAAAUGCACUUCUUUAUAAUCUUCUGUAGAAAGCGUGCUCGGUAAAAAAUGACUACUUAAAUAGCAUGCAUUUUUCCCAUUGAUUUUCGAUGGUCUUGGAAAUUCAAAUAUAUUUUAUAGAAACCAGAAACAAAAAUGUGCUUUCUUUCAGUCAAUCAAUAGAGAAUCACGUCUUCUUUAUAUUUUAUAUUUAAGGAAGGAGUAUAAUUAGGUUUUAAAAAAGUUUCUAAUUAUGAGACUUUUUAAGACCGCGAUAUGUCCAUUCACAAAGCAUCAUACCUGACCGUUUACCACUGCUCCUCAUGAAAUGUACAACAUGGGCUGCAUCCAUUGCAAAAUUUUAUGGACCCUGUAUAAUAUCUCUUUAAUGACAUACAAAAAUAUGGGAUUUUCUUUACGCGGAACGCAUGCACCUUGUAGAGGGUAAUCACUAAGCGUUAAUGUAACGAAUGAUCAGGCUCCACAUUUUUCAGCAAUCAGAAAACUUUUUUAAAACCUAAUUAUACUCCUUCCUUAAGUAUAAAAUAUAAAGAAGACGUGAUUAUCUAUUGAUUGACUGAAAGAAAGCACAUUUUUGUUUCUGGUUUCUAUAAAAUAUAUUUGAAUUUCCAAGACCAUCGAAAAUCAAUGGGAAAAAUGCAUGCUAUUUAAGUAGUCAUUUUUUACCGAGCACGCUUUCUACACGAGAUUGAAAAGGAGUGCAUUUAAAAGCCGACAUCCUGCCGAGUCCAAAAUGUUAUAAGAGUAUGCCUUAAGAUAAUCAAUAUCACAACCGCGACCAAGUAAUCUCUCCUAAUCGAAAACGCAUUUCAAAAUGUCAGCCAACAUUUCAUGAGAUAGGUCACACACUGUAGCUCAAAAUUGAAAGUCUGUUUAUGUGUCCUUUAUUUCGCGUACUAAGUUCUUUCCAAACCCUUAAGAACUUCUAAGUUGUGUCGAUUACUCUUUUACUUUCGAUAAAAGCGUGCGAAAUAUUCUAGGAGUCUGUUUCAGAGCAGUUUUUUCCAUGGGGCGAACAUCUAACAGGUUCACAAAUCUAAGUCCUUGGUUUUGGCAUUUGAGGUUGCAGUUCUAUUCAGUUUAUGAUCCAUACAACAGCUUUUUUGGAUUUUUGUUGUAAAAGUCAUCUUUUACGCCUGAAACUCGAUCCGAUUAUGUUUGUAUUCACAAAUCAUCGGCUCGGAUGACGCGGUGGACAAACAACUAAUACUUCUUUCAUUUAAGACGGUAUGAUGGUGAACAUUCAAUAGGCACCAACGCCGGUUAAACGCCGCCUAGUGCCAUAAAAUGUGUUUUAGGAAAGAAAGCUCACUUCAAUGAUUUGUCGUUUUGAUGACCAAGAAGUCUGGUUUGUGCAAUUUAAGAAAACACACCCGUCUCAGGCAUUUCACAGGAAAAACCAGAGGAGUUAGUCGUUUGAAGUGAAAGUUUAUUGGCCAGAGACUGGGGUCUGAGGGUCAUCGUGAAAACAAUCGGUUUCAUAAGCUAGCAGACUUCCGCUAGCAUUGCACGAGUUUGAACAAAUAUCACGCACCUAAUGCGCGCAGUACGCCUGUUUCCGGAUGCAAGGCUGGAAAUGCGGUGUGCGUUGGGUUUGAGACUUCCUGCGCGGCUCCUUCGUAGACUGCCUCAUGGACACCGAGAGCCUUAAGAUUAACAUAAGCAAAGGUUUUUCUUCUUUUUGGCCGCUUGCUUAGAAAGCCUUAACUAUCCUCACACAAUGACUGCUUUCAACAAAAAAUAUAGAAGAAUGGAUAUGAGCCACUGUUUUCCGCUCCUCAUUCAUGAACGAUUGGUCUUAACUAUACAUCAGUUAACCUAUUUUAUUGGCAAUAUACUGGUUUUUAUCCCCUUUGUUUGUCUUAAUUAAAAAGUUUAAGGUCAUAAAUUCAGUGCGUGACCGAUCUCAUGAAAUGUUGGCCGACAUUCUGGAAUGCGUUUCCGAUUAGGAAGGAUUACUUAAGUGGGGUUGUUAUACUGAUUAUCAUACAGCAUAACCCUAUAACAUUUCAGACUCAUCAAGAUGUCGGCUUUUGAAUGCACUUCUUUGUGACCUCCCGCAGAAACCACACUCGGUGAAAAUUGACUACUUAAAUAGCAUGCAUGUUUCCUAUUGAUUUUUCAUAGUCUUAUAAAUUCAAACAUAUUCUACAGAAACCAUGCACGAAAAUAUGCUCUCGUUUUCUCAUUUGGUAGAAAAUCAUAUUAUCUUUAUAUUUUAUGCACGAAGAAAGUGUUUAUGUUGGUUUUAUCAAAGUUUCUAAUUAGGAGAUUUUUAAGACCGUGCGAUGUUCACGCAUGUAAGACUGCACAUGUUCGUUUAAUUUUGCUCCUCAUGGAAUGUAUGACACAGCCCGGUUUCAUUGCGAAAUUUUACGAAAUGUAUGUGGUAUCUUCUCGAAGGCAUAGAGGAAUAUACGAUUUUACUUACGCGGAAAGCAUGCGCCUUGUAGACUAAAAUUGUUUAACGCUGAUGCAAUGGCAGAUCAGGCUGAAAGGUAUUUGAGAAUUGGGAAACCUUUUUAAAACCUAAACAGCCACAUUUUUUUGGACAUCAAAUAUAAAGCCAAUGUGAGUUCCUGCCAAUUGAGAAAAAAAGCAUAUUUUUAUGUAUGGUUUCUGUAAAAUAUAUUUGAAUUUUUAAGACCAUUGAAAAUCAAUUGGAAAAAUGCAUGAUAUUUAAGUAGUCAUUUUUUACCGAAUGCGGUUUCUGCGGGAGGGCAUAAAGACGUGCAUUCAAAAGCCGACAUCCUGGUGAGUCCGAAAUUUUACAGGGUUAUGUUGCAUGAUGAUUAAUAUAAAUACCUCACUUAAGUUAUCCUUCCUAAUCGGAAACACAUUCCGGAAUUUCGGUCAACAUUUCAUGAGAUCGGUCACGCAUUGUAAAUUGCGUUAGCGCAAUUUCGAAAAACAUACAAUCUGACGUAAUUUUUGCACCGAAUUUACAAGCGAUUGUCAGUGAUAUCGAUAGUUAUAUUUUGCGGCUAAUAUGUUGCAUUUUUAAUCCUUUCGUGUUAUUUGUUUCGCGUACCCAUAUCUAUUUGCGGGAAAUGGAAGGCCUUUUUGCUGAAAAUUUUGCAAGAUAGUUUCAAAAAAGGAUUGCUUUGCUCCCCUUCUCUUUAUUUCUGAUGUUAUGCAAUUGGGCGUUUCUAAUUUGAUAACAAUGACUGUGCCUGCAGGUGUUUCUUACCCUGAGCGCACCAACUAUGAAUUUACUUUUCCUGUCCAAUUUGGCCUGUAGCGACGCUUAGGGAUAACACGUUUGUUCGUCUAAUUGUGUGAAUCUAUUUGUCCGGUUUUUUUGCCUUUGUUUAGUCAUGCUGAAACGAAUUGGGAUCUGAAUCUAAACGAAAUCUUCAUUAAGUUUCUGCCCGAGGCUACAGCGCCAUGUGACGUGCAUGAGUACUUCUCUAAAUUCGGUCCAAUCACGGAAAUCCGAGGGCCAUGGCACAAGAUGGGACCAGAUCCCAUCCUCUAUGGAUUCGUCAAUUUCCUUGAAACGGAGUCUGUGAGAAGAGUACUUGAGACCCAACCGCAUCAGCUAGGCGGGAAGAGAAUCGUUGUUCGUAUGUCAAGAAAAAAUUCUACGAUCUGUCAAGGGUGAGAUUCUGGUUUUCAAAAAAUUGCUUCUCUCUCAGGCACAGAAUUGUGUAACGAUCGGGCGGUAGAGUUUCAUACAUGUCUCUCGCUGCAAACAACAAAAGCGUUUUUUUGGUAAAUAGGAUUGGCUAAUAGGCCAAUCUGCUGUAUCGACUAUGCGUGUUCGAUUAACCUGGUUCGAGUUACGAUGUAAAAGAUGUUUACAUACAUUGCCUGUGAGGCUGCAACGGCAACAUAAAAGAAAUCAGGGCUAGGGUAGGGGGGUAAGAGAGUCUUUGAGUAAUGAUCUUGGGUUGAGUACACGGAGUACCCAUCAUCGUGAUUAGGGAUUUGAGGCGGCAUGGCUUCAUCACUUGGGGUUGGCGUUGGCGUUGGCCACGGCAGCGAAAGCGCUUGUGUCAGAGUUUUCUGACAGCAUAACACCGGAUUCACUAACCGUAUAGCUACUGCCUCUGCCGUUGCUAGUAUCCGUUGGCGUAGGCCUUUAGAGAAGCAUGUUGGUGUCCGGUAGACAACCUGAAAUGCUUUCUUGGUUCUAUGAAUAUUGACUACUGUAUUUGACUACUAUAUUUGCGUUAAAAACAUUUGCAAAUGUUUUUAUGGGCAAAGUCGAUAAAACAAGCUUGCAAGAGACCAUUAAUGGCCUCGUCUUCUACCGUCGGUACGUGGACGAUAUCUUCUGCCUGACGGAUGGUACCACCGAUUCCGAGGAGCUUGUCCAAAAGUUCAACAGUGCGCACCCCUCGCUAAAGUUCACUGCAGAGACCGAGGCAGAUAACGAACUUGCCUUUCUCGAUGUCCUUCUGCACAGGCAAGAGGAUGGGUCUAUCCAGCGCAGGGUGUUCCGAAAGAAAACCUGGACGGGACAAUAUGUUAAUUUCCACAGUUUUGUCCCCCUUAACAUCAAACGGAAUUUAGUCCAGGGAUUGGCGACUAGAGUGAGACGCAUCUGCUCACCUGAAGCUAUUGAAGAAGAACUUCAACAGCUGCGGAACACACUUCGGGAGAACGGAUACCCAGAUAGAUUCAUCCUCCGAAAUAUUGGGGAACGCGUUGAAAAGCCCACUGUUGAGACUGCGGAAAAGAAAGAUGUAUUCAUAAGAUUGCCUUUUAGAGGAGACGCAGAGAGCGAACUAGUCCGACGGCGCUUAACUACAGCUAUCACGCGGGCAUUCCCUGCGGCGAAUUUACGCGUAUGCUUCACAAACUCUCCCCUCCUACGUUUGGGAGGUAAAGACAGACUACCGUUGGAGGCCACAUCAAUGUGCAUUUAUUCAUUCACUUGCUCCUGUGGAGCAGGAUACAUCGGCCGCACAACGAGACGCCUGGUAAAGAGAGUACGUGAACAUAUGCCCGCCUGACUAGACAGAGGUGAGACCCGGUCGAUUUCGAGUUCUAUUCUCGCGCAUUUAAUCGAUACGAACCACCGAGUCGAUGCCAAGAAAGCAUUUCAGGUUGUCUACCGGACACCAACAUGCUUCUCUAAAGGCCUACGCCAACGGAUACUAGCAACGGCAGAGGCAGUAGCUAUACGGUUAGUGAAUCCGGUGUUAUGCUGUCAGAAAACUCUGACACAAGCGCUUUCGCUGCCGUGGCCAACGCCAACGCCAACCCCAAGUGA